AUGAGAAACUUGUUAGUUCCUUGGCUAUUUCUAGUUCAAACACUAGUAGUUGUUGCCAUAUCAGGAGCUAAAGUUCCAGCAGUCAUAGUGUUUGGAGAUUCCUCUCUUGACUCAGGCAACAACAACUUCAUUCCAACAAUUGCCAGGAGCAACUUUGCACCUUAUGGUAAAGAUUUUCCGGGAGGCCAAGCGACUGGGCGAUUCUGCAAUGGCAGAAUUCCUUCUGACAUGAUCUCUGAAGCUCUAGGCCUCAAGCCAACCGUACCUGCAUACUUGGAUCCAAUGUAUAACAUUUCGGAUUUUGCUGUCGGAGUUUGCUUUGCUUCUGCAGGGACUGGCUAUGAUAAUACCACUUCUGAUGUUGUAGAUGUGAUUCCAUUGUGGAAGGAAGUGGAGUACUAUAAGGAGUACCAGAAGAAAUUGAAAGCUUAUCUUGGAGAUAGGAAGGCAAAGAAAAUACUGAAUGAGGCUUUGUAUUUGAUUAGCAUAGGAACAAAUGACUUCCUAGAAAACUAUUAUACACUCCCGAACCGGAGAUCGCAGUUCACGGUGAACCAAUAUCAGGAUUUCAUCAUAGGGCUUGCUGAAGAUUUUGUGAAGACAAUAUAUGCUUUAGGAGCAAGGAGGAUGUCCCUAACAGGAGUUCCUCCAAUGGGGUGUUUGCCGCUGGAAAGAACCACAAAUAUAAUGGAGGACCAUGCUUGUAUGGAGGAAUACAACAUUGUUGCUUUGGAAUACAAUGGCAAGUUAAAGGGUUUGGUGGCAAAACUGAACAGGGAGCUUCCUGGUCUUGAUGUGGUAUUUGCAGAUGCAUAUCACGUUUUGUUGCGACUCAUAAAAAAGCCUUCUCUUUAUGGAUUUGAGGAAUCCAAAACUGGGUGCUGUGGCACAGGGAGGUUUGAGAUGAGUUUCCUAUGUGAUCCAUAUAGUCCAUUUACAUGCCAAGAUGCAGACAAGUAUGUGUUUUGGGAUGCCUUUCAUCCUUCAGAGAAAACCAAUCGAAUGAUUACAGAUCAUCUACUCAAAACUUCUUUCGCAAAGUUUCUUUGA